CAAAACCUUAAUUUGUUUAUAUUGUAUCUUGAGGAUCGAUAACUAUUUGAAAUAAAAAUGCAACUCUUCAACUUCUGCGGGUGUAAUAAAGAAAAUGUUUAUUGUGGCUUUCGAAUGUUCGCGCCGAAAUCUAAAGUAAUAUGAAGCAGUUAUAUGUUCCAUAAGUCGAGGAAAACGUUGCAAGAUGAGUGAUAGCUCAGCAGAUCCCAUCAUCACAGUUACACUAGAGUCCGCAGAUGGAGACGCUAAUGUUGUUAAUCUCGAUGCUGCUACUAGGAGUCUAUUAAUAAACGGUGGGCCGAGUAACAAUUUACAACAAUGUGUUACUCCGUUAAAAAAUUUUUGGAUAGAACUGCCGCAGUUGAUCAUUGUAGAGACGCGCUUUAUUACACAACAGAUAGCUGCACAAAAUCGUAUCUAUUCUGCGCAAACAUUAUUACCAAUAACUGAUUAUAGAUUUGAGCUAGACGCGCAGGAGACCUGUACAAACACCGGACAAACGAAGACGCCACCACUACUAUUAGAGGUAGGCACACUAGCAAAACCCGAUGUUGUUGAUGUUGAGGUAAACACUGACAGUCCUAAUCCCUGUCGCGAUCGGGCACAACAAACAACAAAAACAUUAAUACAAACUGCAGCGGUAGGCAUUCAAUGCAAUUUAGAUGACUAUUUGGAAUGCGAGGAAGCCCCAACUGAUGAGAAUGAGUUGAAAGCAAAGAAAAGCGCUGAGGAACAGCAAUUUUUGAGAUUCACACAAGAAAAUUCUAUAUUUUACUUGAAUGGAAGACGCGAGUGCAUGUUAUGUGGAGAAGUUGAGGACUCAAUAGAAAGAAUGCUUUCGCACUUAGCACUCCAUUGGGGCCCUGCAGCGCUGUGCCAUCUCUGUGGUUUACAAUUUGAACAUCGCAGGCUAAUGUCGUUGCAUCAAUGCAAAACACGACUUCGCAAAAGUAAAAAGAGGAAAAAGAUGUACAGACAAUGUCCCGUGUUUUGGUGUGGUGCCGUGAAUGCCUCAACGAAAGAGUUAAAUGAACACUUACGUAGGCACUUCCGCAUGCGACGGCGACGCGCUUGUGUGACUUUUACACUCGAUCAAACGAUAGUAAUUAAACGGCCAUUUUAUACAAAAACAAAUUGUUUACAUCGAUGUAAUAUAUGUUUGCGUCGAUAUAAAAGUUCUCAAAAAUUUACUAAGCAUAGAAAACGUUGCCUUAGGUGCUUCAUAGCACUAAUGAAGGAACAGAAAUUUGUAGAGCCUCUACUAAUAUUUAGUAGAAAAUAAAAAUACAUGCUUACAAUUGAUAAGUGCAUGCUCAUAAACACUGAACUGACAUAAAUAAUUGCAACAACGUUGGACAAAAAUCAACCUAUCUUCUAUACAAAUUGUUAACUGCUAAACGAAACAAGUGCAUUACGAUGUACUCUUCGCAACACUAUAUAUAUGAUAAAUGUUCAAUUUGCAAAUUUUAGUUCAUACAAUUUAUAUAUUUUUGGAAAUGUUUAAAAAAAAAAUAAACAAUGUAAUAUUAAUGUA